ACGAAGAAGAACUGGCUUUGGGAGUAACUCGUACUUGUAAAACUAGUAAAUUGCUCAAUUACACUCUACGGUGUAAAUACACCUGUAAUAUGGUAUGUCAUUUUUACCCUCGUUACAUUUUUUUUGGUCUUAAACCUGUUGUCCACAUGUUUUAUCACGACGACAAGAAGUAACUAGAAGAGACCCGACCACGAGUGUAACGAUGACGCUAGCUGCUGUAUUUACGUAAAUGGCGUAAGAUGAUAUGCCUCUUGUUUUUCAACGUUUACUGCCAUAAAAGCAACCAUGCCAGUCCAGUUUGUGUAUGGAAACCAGGACUUUAUUAAAGGUGUGUAUUACGAUUUUGGUAACACAUCUCGGAUGAUAUCAGCAUCAAGGUUUGAUGCAGCCAUCCAAGCCGGCUGGACAGACAGAAUGGAAAGAGGGCUGUUCCGCUACAAUCUCGGGGACUUGCAAACACGUGUCUUGCCUGGUCCUUGUGGUUUUGUGGCCCAGUUGAAUAUCAAGAGAGGGACGGAGAGAAGAAAGCCACAGGAGAUACUCAGUAUUAAGCAGGACUUCAACGCCGAACAGUUUAAUUUCAAUUUAAUCAAUCCAGAUGAGAUCAUAUUUGAGAUGAUGAUGGACACGGAAGAAGGACAUGAAAGUAAUCAUCAACCAUGCAAGAUAGUUGUGUUGGUCAAUGUCAGUCCUUUGGAGUUUGGACAUUGUCUUUUUGUUCCGGAUCCAUCACGCUGCUUUCCUCAGGUGCUCACAAAGUUUGCCAUCCAAGUUGGUAUACAGUCUGUGUUGCUGAGCUCGGACCCAGCCUUUCGUGUGGGCUUCAACAGUCUAGGAGCUUUUGCGUCUGUCAAUCAUUUACACCUUCAUGGAUAUUACCUGAAACACAAGCUCAAUAUUGAAUAUAUGCCAGUCAGACCACUUCUUCCCGAAAAGGGAUUUUACACUUUGGUGGGAUUUCCUGCAGGUUUUUUGUUCUACACUGAAUCAGACAGUGUGGAUGAAGUUGCAACAGACAUCUGUCGUGUCACUGACUUCCUCGUGGAGGCCAAUGUCGCUCACAACCUGUUCAUGACCAGGGGGUGUUCACCCUGUGGUUGCACUCGGAGCGAAAGGGAUGACAGCUUAUCGAGGAAUGGUGUGCGGAUUGCUGUGUGGCCCAGACUAGCUUGCUUCGGUACCAAAGAGGAGUCUGCUUUGAAUGUUGCUCUCUGUGAGCUUGCUGGACAUCUACCAUUUAAGAACAAGACGGACUAUGAGCGAUCUACUGAGUCAUGUGUAAUAGAAACCAUUCAGCAAUAUCUUCUGCCAAAUGAGGAUAUGCUUGAAUUGGAAAAGCAGCUAACUCAGCAUUUAAGUGCACUGUAGUGUUUGGACAAAGCCAUGUUAAGUGAUGGGCUUGUAAUAUAAAUUAAUGAGACAAAUUUACACAUUCCUACAGGUGAUUAUUACUAAAUUCCUAAAAUAUGUGCAGUUGUUUUUCUGAAUUGGGCAACAACUUUUAAGGAGAUGUAUUAUGUGUUACCUCAACAAUAACACUCUGGUCAAAUAGAUGACUCUGAAAUUUGACAGAGUAGUGCCAUACAAAAAGCAGAACAACACAAAAAAGCUCCCCGUUAAUUAUAUAGAGCAGUUUUAAGCAAAAUUCAGCAUAGUCACUGAAGAGCUCAUCAUGUGCCAGAAUGGCGUUACCAAGGUAGCGAUGCUCAGGCAAAGGAUGAGCAUGUGUGCUUGUUCACUCAUUAUAAUGACAUUUCACAUUGUUGAGUGCACAACCAGUGCAGUGAUGUGUGCUUUCAUCAGCUGACGUGUUUAUUUGACCUCAGCAUCAAUGUGCUGCACUGACAAAAACGUUCUCAAUUGGACACCAAAACAUGCGAGUAAAAAAUUAAGAAUUGUAGUGUUUCGGCUGGUAUCUGGUUCAUAUUUUGUAUUCUUUUCUUUCAUAACUGCAUACAACCUAUUCUUACAAACAUUGUUUUCUGAAUGAAUGAAAUCAGAAUUCACAUUAUCAGAUACCAUAUGUUUGUACAUUGUACGUUUGGCUCAUAUACAUUGACGUCCUUGCUCAAUCCUUUCCAUAAGUUAACUCCACACACUUGUAUGCUCAAGGUUUUUAACGUUGUGCAAGCACAUAGCUGUUUAUAUGAUAGCUUUUAUCUAAUUGUUGAUUGGGGGACGACUCUUCGCUCACACAAAGCUUUAGCGGACACGAUGUGUUCACCUUGAGCCCUGCGCAGUGAUGGUUGACUGAGCCAAACCUGUUAAGCACCUUUGUAAUGCCUUGUGGGAAACGUUAUUUACAGUGAAUGCUUCUGAGGGUCUGACUCGUGCAGAAGUCAUGAGAACCCCCCGCCCGCCCGUGCAACCUUCAGCAGCACACAGCGAGGAGAGGAGAGGUUUCCGAGUCUAUUUCCUCAUAGUGUGUCUCCUUUCCGUGUCGCUAUACGUAUGUUUCUAUAUUGUAUGUUUGUUUUUGUGGAACCUAUGAUGCAUUUUUAAAGAUUCUUCAUCAUUCUGUAUAGAUUUUGCUAAACCUCCUGUUAUGUCAUUAUUCAGCAUCAU